CAGGCCAUCACUUUGGGCUUAUUUGUAAUCAAAUGCAAAUGGCCUACCUAUAAAAAUGUCGCUGGCGUUGAAUUGAAUCGGUGAUUAGGGUUUUCAGCACCAGCAGAGCGAGACGCCAUCAUUCGCCUCUCACCAUGGUUCUCAAGACUGAGCUUUGUCGCUUCAGCGGUGCCAAGAUUUACCCUGGUAAGGGUAUCAGAUUUGUUCGAUCUGAUUCUCAGGUUUUCCUCUUUGCCAAUUCAAAAUGCAAGAGGUACUUCCACAACCGCCUAAAGCCUUCAAAGCUUACCUGGACAGCCAUGUACAGGAAACAACACAAGAAGGACAUUGCUGCUGAGGCUGUUAAGAAGAAGCGCAGGACCACCAAGAAGCCAUAUUCAAGGUCUAUAGUUGGUGCCACCUUGGAGGUCAUACAGAAGAGGAGGACUGAGAAACCAGAGGUCCGAGAUGCUGCUCGUGAAGCUGCUUUACGUGAAAUCAAGGAGAGGAUCAAGAAAACAAAAGAUGAAAAAAAGGCAAAGAAAGCUGAGUUGAUGGCCAAAACUCAAAAAACACAGGCCAAGGGCAAUGUGCCUAAGGGUGCUGCACCAAAGGGCCCCAAGCUUGGUGGUGGUGGUGGAAAGCGAUGAUUUUGUCAAAUCUGUUCAUUUCUUAUCUAUGAAGUAGCAUAAACAGGUUGAAAUUUUGUUUCCAUAAUUUAAUGUAUGGAUACCUUGAGUCUCUCAUGUGUGGAUACUUUAUUGGUCUUGUUGGCCAACCUUCUUUUAGGGGUUUUCUUGACUAUUUUUGAGCAUUGUUCUAUUUACUUGAAAGGUUUUCUAAAGCA